AGAGAGAGAGAGAGUCUAGAGAGAGAAUAUCUAGAGAGAGAGAGAGGUAAAUAUAAAAGUAAUGGAGGAGAGAAAGAAGGCAAUAUGGGGGGCAGUGGUUGGGAUACAGUUGAUAUAUGCAGGGUAUUUCUUGCUAACGAAGAUUGCUUUCGAUGUUGGAAUGAAUACUUUUGUUUUUGUUUUCUACAGACAAUUUGCUGCCACUCUUUUCUUAGCCCCCUUUGCCUUCUCCCUCCAACGGAAAAGUGCUCCACCACCAUUGACAUUCUCAAUCUUCAUCAAGAUUUUCUUGCUCAGUCUUUUUGGGUAUAUAUAUGUUCUUCACGGAAGAGUACUAAAAGAAUACCCAUCAAAGCUGCUAUUGACAACACUACAAUGCUUUCUAAGCACAAUUCAAUCAUUCAUAGUUGCUGCUUCUGUCACAAGAGAUCCUCAUCAAUGGCUACUUGGUUGGAAUAUCAGGCUUUUAUCUGUAGCUUAUUGUGGAAUAGUGGUGACUGGUCUUACAUUUUACCUACAAACAUGGGUUAUUGAGAAGAAAGGUCCAGUUUUCUUAGCCAUGACAACUCCACUAAUCAUGGUUUUCACUAUUAUUUUAUCUGCUUUUUUCUUGGGGGAGAUUAUCAGUUUUGGGAGUGUUUUGGGAGCAAUAUUACUGGUUGGAGGGCUUUAUUUUGUGCUAUUGGGAAAGGCUAAGGAGGAAGAAAUGGAAAAAACUAGUGCAUCUUGUCAAACACAAUUUUGUGAUGUUGAGAAAGGAACAAAGGAAGUGAUUAAUAGUACUCCACAGGGUUAAUUAAGUAAUUUCACGUAUAAUCGAUAGUCGAAGAUAUUGAUAAAUUUCAGUUCGAUUUCGAUCGCAGAUGAUUUUACUCGCCGUACAAUUGUUUCGCGUUCGAUUGAACUUAGUAGAGUUUUUUAUCUUUUUUUUUUUAGUAUCAAAAGUUUAUGUAUGAUAUAUUGUACUAGGAAUUUUAAUAUCAUAAUAGAGUGCAUUAAUUAGCAUUUACGUAUAAAAUCGAAAAUUAGAUGCUAUAUCAGGUUAUUGUAUAUCAUAGAUAUGCACGUAAUCACACAUAUCCAUGUGGAUGUGAGCUCAGUGGCUGAUUAUGUAACCCCAUCGACGAAUAACAAUUACCCGAUGUAACAUCUAAGUUGAAACUC